GGAACAGCAUCUCUCCGCCUUUCCAGGGGCGACUCUGCGCUACCGGAGCAGGGAACGCGUUACGUGACGGUCCCUUUUCUUUGCAGCCAUGGGAGCAAAAAAGUUCCUGCAAAUCAAAGAAGCCUUUCAGCUGGCCCAGAAGCCUCACCAGAACCUCGCCAAGCUUGCUGUGGCGUUGAAGAGCACCUAUAGUCAGUUAGAAGAUAAGGAAGAUUUUCAUGAAAAGUUCAUUCAUUUCCUUAAGUAUGCUAUGAUAAUCUACAGACGGGAACCAGCAGUGGAGCAAGUGGUCAAUUUUGUGGCUAAAUUUGUUACUUCAUUUUAUGAAAUGGAGAAAGAGGAUGGUCAUGAGGAAGGAGAACAAGAUAAUUUGCUUCUGAAUUAUGUGUUUAACUUUCUACUUGAGUCCCACAGUGCAAACAGCCAUGCAGUUAGAUUUCGAACAUGCCAGCUUGUUAGUAAGAUUUUGGGAAAUAUGCCAGAAAAUGCCCAGAUUGAUGAUGAUUUGUUUGAUAAAAUUAAUGAAGCUAUGCUGAUUAGACUUAAAGAUAAAUUUUCGAAUGUGAGAAUUCAAGCUGUCUUGGCUCUGUCGAGACUUCAAGAUCCUAAGGAUGAAAACUGUCCUGUUGUUAAUAUUUACAAUACAUUGCUUGAAAAUGAUUCAAAUUCAGAAGUGAGGCGUGCAGUAUUGUCAUGUAUUGCUCCAUCAGCAAGGACUUUGCCAAAAAUUGUGGGCCGCACUAUGGAUGUAAAGGAAGCUGUCAGGAAGCUGGCAUAUGAGGUUUUGGCUGAAAAAGUUCACAUGAGAGCUCUGUCAAUAGCACAGAGAGUGAAAUUGUUGCAACAAGGACUUAAUGACAGAUCUGAUGCUGUUAAGGAGGUAAUGAAGAAGAAGCUGCUUCAAGCCUGGUUAAGAUUCACGGAAGGGGAUGUUAUAGAAUUGCUUCAUCGACUGGAUGUGGAAGACUGCCCAGAAGUGGCCAUCUCUGUACUAAAUGCUAUGUUUUCAUUGUCUCCACUUCAUGACUCUGUUCAGAACUGUAAAAGCCUUGACAGCAGAAAACUGAUUCCACUGGAAGACUUAACAGCUGAGAAUGUUUUAUAUUGGAGGUGUCUUUGUGAAUAUCUAAAAUCAAAAGAUGAAGAAGGGGAAGACUUACUAGAACAGAUAUUGCCAGAACCAGCUAUAUAUGCAGAUUAUUUACUAAGUUACCUUCAAAAUAUGCCUGUUCUUAGUGAAGAACAAAAAGAAGACUUUGCUUGUUUUGAAAACCUGAUGACAAAAGAAUUUAUAGGGCAGCAAUUGAUUCUUAUAAUAAGCUGCAUGGAUACCAUGGAAGAGGGGGGAAGAAAGCAUGUGUUAGUUACUUUACAAAAGAUUCUCAUUUUACCUGCAACUUCACCAGCCCUUGUACCUCUGCUUGCAGAAAGAUUACUCAGUAUUGUUAAGGAUGAUGACAGAAGGAUUCAAAUUAUUGCAGAAAUUAUAUCAGAAGUUCGUGAGCCAAUUGUUACAGUUGACCAACCUGUUGAUGCUGCUGAAUUAAGAAAGCGGGAGCUUAAGUUGGCUGAAAUAAAAGUGAAACUUUUUGAAGCAAAAGAAGCUUUGGAAAAAUGCAUUACUCUGCAGGAUUUUAAUAAAGCAUCAGUGUUAAAAGAGAAAAUAACUGAGUUGGAAGACACAAAAAAUGAUCUUAUAAAAGAAGCAGAGCAACCUGAAAUUAAAGAAAUGCGUGUGGAGAAGAGUGAUCCUGAAACAUUAUUGAAGUGUCUGAUGAUGUGUUAUGAGCUUCUGAAGAUCAUGUCCCUUUCUAAAGGAAUUGAUUCAACCAUCAAUGAAAUAAUUGAAUCUCUGAUACUUCCUGGCAUAACUAAUGUCCAUCCAGCUGUGAGAAAUAUGGCAGUUCUGUGUUUGGGUUGCUGUGCCCUUCAGAGCAAAGAAUUUGCCCGGCAGCAGCUUGCAUUGCUGUUACAGGUUUUACAAAUAGAUAAUAUAAAGGUAAAACUCAGUGCUUUAAAGGCAAUCUUUGAUCAAUUAAUGCUGUUUGGGAUUGAGCCGUUUAAAGCCGGAAGAGGCAGUGACUCUCAGAGUGAAGAUGCACACAUUAGAACUGAAAACUGUGAGGAAGAAAGUAAAACAGUAGAGGAGGAAGAAGAGACUGCCACGGUUCACAGCCUCCUGCAGCUUCUUUCUGGUUUCUUAGACAGUGAGUUUCCAGAACUUAGGACAGAAGCUGCAGAAGGUAUAGCCAAACUGAUGUUCUCUGGGAGGUUGAUCAGCGCCAAGCUGCUUUCUCGUCUUGUUCUGUUGUGGUAUAACCCGGUGACUGAAGAUGAUACACGGCUUAGACACUGUCUGGGUGUUUUCUUCCCUUUAUUUGCUUAUGCAAAUAGGUCUAAUCAGGAGUGCUUUGAAGAAGCUUAUCUCCCAACUCUUCAGACACUGUUAAAUGCUCCUGUGACUUCACCUUUGGCUGAAAUAGAUGUCAGUAAUGUUUCUGAACUGUUAGUGGACCUGACCAGACCAAGUGGACUGAAACCUCAGUCUAAGAAGUCUCAGGACUAUCAGGACUUAACAGUGCAUGAUAGUUUAGCAAUGAAAAUAUGCAAUGAAAUCUUGAUGGAUCCAACUGCACCAGAUGUUCGUAUUUAUGCAAAAGCUUUAAAUUCACUAGAACUUAGUAGUUCAUCCACAGAGAAUCUUCUUGUUCUGCUCAAUGAGAUUCUAGAGAGAGUCAAAGAUAAACUGUGUCAAAGAGCUAUUGAGAAGAUCAAGAUGAACUUGACCAAAGGUCCUAAUGUGGACAAAGACCACUUUGAGAGGACAGAGGAAACAGGGGGUUGUGAAAGGACACAGGAAACUGACAUCACAUUAUCUGAAAAUACUCUUCAAAAUGAAGAAGAAAACUGUAAAGAUGCUCUUCAUACUCCAGUUGAUGAGACUAAAAGUAAGGCAACUUCAAAAUUGAAAUCCACAAGAAACAAAGCUGGCAAAGGACAACGGAGAGCAGCAGCAGGAGAGAGGUCUGUGAGCAGAAAGAAAACUCGCACAACUGCGAAAUGCAGUAGUGAAAGUGGUGAUGAAAUUCCAGAGUCAGUCCCAAUGUCAAGUUCAAGGCCUUCAAGACGAGCAAAAACAGUGGCACUUGAAAAAACAAGAAUGAAUCUUUCAAGACUUCUAAGUAGUGAAGAAGAUCAUUGAAGACAAAAGGAGAGGAAGUGUCUUUUGCUUAAUACUGGUAGUUAACAUCAGACUUGAAAAAAAAGAUUUGUUUAAUUGUUUGUCAUAUUUAACUCUUUUUAUAUUAUCAUCAUGUAUAAGUCUAGAUUUUUCUAGGAACUUUGAAUUUUUUUAAU